CAACAUACACAUUGGAUUAUCGUAUUAGUCCAUUGUUUUGUCAAAUUAAAUUUGAGUUUAGCUAGCUUAUAUACAUUCUCUUCUACUAUGAGCGUCAACAUCGAAAUUCAGUACGACGAUGAUUACUACAGUGAACACCCGGAGGCCUUCAAGGGACAUCGACCACCCGCGUAUGGUCAUUUCCAGCAGAAAACAACCCACAAGAAACUCGCCCGGAAACGCUCGUCAAAGAAGUUGAGCAUUCCAGAAUCGGAAAAAGAGGCACCGUCGCCGGUUCCUUCCUUACGAACAGAAGCUACGAAUACUAACCUCAGUGAACUGGAAGCGGACUUCUUCGAUCCGAAUUUCGACUUUGAUGGCGACGAUAAUCCGGCUGGCCUCAAAGAGCAGAUCGACCAUAACCAGAUGACGUACGAAUUGGCGUGUAAAAGGAUGGGCAUCUUGCCCUCACGACAUUUUAUACAGGCUCUUAAGGCGCCCAGAAUGACCAUGGCACACCAGGAAAUGGGACCGAAGGCGCUGAAACCUUGUAUCAUAGCUCUCGUACGGAACACUAAAGUGUUAGAUCUCGACAUCUCCGGCAACAGCAUUGGAGCGGUGGGAGCUCAUCAAAUCGCCUCCUUACUCACGGAAAACAUGUUUAUUUCGAAGCUGAACUUGUCUGAUAACGGUCUCAAGUCAGAAGGUGCUAAAAUACUGACGGAUGUGCUAAAAGAGAAUCGGUUGGUGACCUGCUUAAAAAUGUCAGGGAAUGGUUUCGAGGAAGGUGAUGCAAGUUAUUUUGCUGCAGUGAUUCGGGAAAACGCUUACAUAACGGAACUGGACCUUAGUCACAACUGCUUCAGAGAACAAGGAGGAAUCGUUUUAGCUGAAGCAUUACAAAAAAAUAAGUAUCUCGAGAAACUAGACCUCAGUUGGAAUCAUUUGCGGCGGAAAGGUGCCAUCGCCAUGGCAAAGCUUUUAGCUGUGAACAGUACCAUAACGCAUCUCAACCUGGCCUGGAAUGGCUUCGGGGCAGAAGGAUGCAAUCAUCUUGCCGACAACCUACCGAAGAACACCACUUUGCUUGAGUUGGACCUGACUUGUAACCGCAUAGACAGGGCCUGCUUAAACACGUUGCUCCGAGGAGUUGGGAGGAACACAUCGCUGACAACACUCAAGUUAAGCCAGAACCCUAUUACGGCAGAGGGAGCCAGUGCCAUCUUAAAAACAAUCGAUGAGAGUGAAAAUCUUCAGCUAGAAUUCGUAGACAUUUCAAGCCAGUGCGUGGAGUAUACCUUCGCAGAGAAAUUAUCCGAACUCAGGACUAAAAGAAAGUUCGACAUCAAGCACGGUAUAGUCUUAGAGGAGAAGGAGGGGCGGAAAGACCAGGAUGACUUCAAUAAUGAAGACCCCAUGAUGGUAUUGAUGGAGUUCAUGAGGCUACGGAACCUGCGACUGAUUGACCUGUUCGUGUCGCUGGACGCGGAUGGAAGUCAAAGUUUGGAGAGGGAGGAGUUUAGGGAAGGUCUGUUGAAAAUCAAUGUCCCAAUGUCUACAAAAGCUUUGAAUCGCUUGAUAAAUAAACUGGACGCUGACGGGGAUGGUGAAGUCGAUUACAAGGAACUUAUCGACGGCCAGAAGGAGCACAAGCGUCGCAUGGCCAAGAUGCAGAGGGAGGCUCAAGAGAAAGGCAUACCGUACGAGGAUACGGAGAUGGGGAAGCUCACCAAAAAACUCAAAGCCAUGAUGGCCAUCGCUAAUGUCAAGAGAGUACAAGCCAUGAUGAAUGCAAGCAAGGCGGUUGGCAGAUUCAAAAGAGGGAUUCAGGAAGCGGAAAAAGCAAAGGACUAGUGCGGGGCAA